GUCCAGCUACUUUUGCUAGCAACCAGCAAAAACGAAAAAACCAAAAUUUUUAACAACAAUCUAACUGAAAAGUUAUAAAAAUCUAAUUCAAAAUUACGGAAAAACUGGAGAAAAUGGGUUCUGAUGACGCUAGCACCGUUUCUAGCGAUAGUGGCGAACGGGGUGAACGUAUACAGAGGGGGUUUCAAAUAAACUAUAUGAUUUUACGUGAUGCUGACUCAGGUAAGGUCAUCUGGCAAGAAAAUAAAGAUUUUUCAUCACCAGAUGCCGAACAUGAAGCCCGUGUACCCGUCAAAAUACUAGAUUUAAGGGCCGUUUCACGCGAGAUCAACUUUAGCACCAUUGAGGCGAUGGAAAACUUUAGACUCGAUCAAAAGGUCUUAUUUAAGGGACGCAUUAUGGAAGAGUGGUUCUUCGAAAUGGGCUGGGUGGGAGCGAAUACGACCAACACCUGGCAGUCGACCAUUGAAGCCGCACCCGAGUCACAAAUGAUGCCUGCUAAAGUCUUAAACGGAAAUGUCACCAUUCAAACCAGUUUCUAUGACAACGACACACUCAUCACCAAAUCCGUGGUACGACUUUAUUAUAUUUAACUUAAUUAUGGACAUGUAAAGAUAGAUGGAGAUAAUGCGAGCAUAAAGUCAAGAAGCUGAAACAUUUGUUCUGCAGUAACAAAAAAAGAAAUAUGAAAAGACCUCAAAAUAAACGCCCACACAUUUUACACACAACACCAAAUUCCAUAUAUGAAAUUUUGUUGUCAUCAUUAAUAAAUCAUCAAAGUUGUCAGAGCUGUUAAGGAAUUCAAAUGUGAAUUAAGAAAAGAAAUCCAGUGUACGAAGAUUCUGAAAAAUAAUGAAUUUUAGUUUAAAAAUUAAAGGAAUUCAACACUGAACGAUUUUGUUAAAAUAUUAACAUUUGUUGGGAUUUAAUUCUUUAAUAGUUCUGUUAAAAUCUAUAUUCAAACGAUCUCGUACAAAUAAUAAAAAUAUAGAUAAAUUGUCAAUAUUUAAAAAAAAAAAAUGUACUGUUAGUGCCCAUGUAUGUAUCAGCUUUUAAUUCAAGAUGCUGAGUUCUUUUGGUUAAAAAAUUGUGUAUUUAUUAAAAUAUGAUAUAUUUUUUCAUGCAUUUCGUUAUUAUUAAUAAUUUUCAAUACGUAUUCUACUAAUUAUAAAAAUCAAUAUGGUUGCAUUUUCAUGAAUAUAACCUUUAGAUAUGAUUACCAUUGCCAUAAAACUAAAUACAGAUAGAUAUAUUAUAUUGUUCUGAGAUUUGAUUUUAUAAUUCUACUCCCUAUUUAGAUUCAAUGGAUUUAAGUCAGCAUGUUAAUUCUGACUAAAAACCUGCAGAUCUAUUUAGUAUGGGAACAGAGUUAAUAUGUAUUUGUUUAAUUUUAUUAACACUGAUUUUGUUUUUAACUAUAAGAAGCAAUUAAUAAUAAAAUAGUUAUAUAAAUAAAUUAAUAUUAUAAUUAUUUAUUAAUAUACAUAUUUGUUUCCUUAUGUAAACUAAAAAAUAAAUAAAUAAAAAAAUUAUUCUCAAAAUAUAUAAUUUAUGUUAACCUAAAAAAUAAA